AUGCAACAAUCGAGUCCUGCACCGAUACUUCCGAAUGCAACGCAGACGAGAGUAAAUAUGACGAACCAGCAAGAUGGACAGAGAGGCGUGGAAACAAAUACGGAUGACUCGAAACCGAAUUCACCUUCCCUUCCCAGUUGGAUUCAUGAAAAAACAAAAGCAGGAAAAGAACGAAAACGAUUACCUCUUGCUUGCCAGUCAUGUAGAAAAAAGAAAAUUAAAUGUUCAGGAGAACGUCCAUCAUGUGAUCAAUGCUUAAAACAUAAUACAUCUUGCAUUUACAAGUCGAAUCCACGACGAUCCCAUUCAAGACAUGAAGAGAUUCACCAUCAUCAACAGUGGUAUCUUCAGCAGCAGCAAAACCGUGCCGCUGCUGCUGCUACAGCAAAUGCCUCUGGCUCUCACUCGCAAGAGUCGUUAUCCGAACAAACUCCGUUAACUCAAAUCGGUAGUCCUCGUGACUCGGCCCCUUCUUCGUCGUCUUCGUCUAUAAAUAUGAAUAUACCGAAACAACGAAGUUCUCCGUCUUUGAAUUCUCCUGCUACAUAUCCGUACAUGUUGAAUUCUCGGGUACCCGUUAGUAAUCCACAAGUGUCAAUGAUGUCUGCUUCACUUUCUAAGAAUCUUGUUCUCGACCAAAAUGAUUCAAAUUCGGCUUCACCCGAAUCAACUUCCAAUCCCAUCUCUAGUAAUAAUGUUUACCCUUCUGAAGUUAUGUAUGUCCCUUCCGCUACGAAUCCUUCUGUUCCAAAAAGCCAGAGUUUUUCUGGCAACAUGCCUUCAGACGUCAGUUCCGUUUUACCUAUUGCUCCUACAAACACCUCCAACUCAACUCCUGUUUCUGUUGCCGCUCCAGUUCCCCUUAGUCCCGCAGUCCAAUACCAAUCGCAGCAACCAACAAGAAUCCCUGUUACGCCUGCGGCUACAUCUAUUCCUCCUCCAGAUCCUUUACCGUAUGUUCCUUCUCAUCCUACUGCCACCGACAAUUCAUUGUUUCCUGUAAAUACAAUUCCGUCGCUUUCCGCUGGUGAGUAUCCUCUCUACUCUAGUUAUGGCGGAUAUUCUCCAAAACCUCAGUUUCCCUUUUUUGACAACAAAGCAGGCAACUCAUUUCCAUCCUCAACGUAUUCAGAUGUGUCCAACAUGACGCAACCUGUUGCAAUAAGCAAUUACACUCUCAAUACAAAGUCCUCUAAUGAAAAAGAUGAAAGCGAACGAGAAGCGGCUCUCAUUGACGGUAAAUUGCCUGAUCCUCUGGCUAGUCUCACCAUGCCAUCCACUCCAGUGACGGAACUGCCACCUUUGGAAUUACGAAUCCACUUGGCUGAGGUAUUCUUUCAUUGUUGUCAUGGUCAAGCUUAUAAUUUAUUUCACCGACCCACUUUUUUUGAAUCUCUAAAUAAUAAUACAAUUCCUUUGGUACUUGUUUAUGCUAUUUGCGCCGUUUCCGCGCGCUUCUCCUCACGUAUGCAUGAUCAGUAUUCUCCUCCCUAUAUGGCCGGUGAACAAUUUGCUAGAGAGGCUCGUCGACUAGCGUUAGACAAUUUUGAUAGACCUGAUCUGUCACUGGUUGCAGCCCUCCUGUUGUUGUCUUUGCAUGAUUCUGGGACGGGGGAGAACGGCAAAAGUUGGAUGUACGGUGGCAUGGCCCUUCGCAUGGCCGCUGCAUUGCAACUUAAUUGUGAGCAAGGAAGCAAUCCACUGGAUCUUGAUAAUAUUGACUCUGGUCCUCGGAUCUCCUUUCUUGAGCGUGAACUUAGACGUCGUACCUUUUGGUCAUGCUUUUUGAUGGACAGAUGUAUUUCUUCUCAUGAGCAUUUGCAGUUUUUGGAUGAAAACGACAUUGGGAUACAACUUCCUGUACACGAGUUGUUAUUUACCAAACAAAUUGCUGGAGUUACUCAGACUCUGGAUGGAAGAAUUUUGGAAGGUGUACCGAGUAUUGUAAUUCCUUCGGAUACUACGGAAAACAUGGGUGUAGCUGCUUACAUUGUCAAGAUUAUAGCAAUCUGGGGAAGAGCUGUCAAGUAUUUCAAGCACGAUGGUCGACGAAGGGAUCCUCAUCCAUACUGGCAUAGAAAUUCCGAUUUCACUCAAAUAAGUGAGGCUCUUUAUAAAUGGGCUGAUGGACUUCCUCAAAGAUUGAGGUACUCUGUGGUAGGAUUGGAAAAUCAUCUAUCUAUACAACAAGGUGCUCAGUAUGCAUUUCUUCAUUUAGCUUAUCACUACACGUUGAUGUGGCUUUUCCGUUCCAUUGGCGAGUCCGAAAACAAUCAGUUGUCGAGAACAUCAAGCACGGUAUCUUUGACAGGAAAUACUAUUUUUUUCUCGCCAGUGUGGCACAAUCCUCAUGAGUCUCAUAAUAGUGAAUUUCAAGCUGAACAAAAGCCAGAAAGCCAUGUCAAUAGUGCAGCAAGGCGUUUACAUAAAGCUGCACGCGAAAUGUGUUUACGGUGUGCUAAUGCAAUAUCAAUGAUUGUUGAUGAUUGUAGGAAACACAAUGUAAUUUUGACUUCCCCUUUUAUUGCUUCAGGUGUUUAUACAGCUUUUUGUAUUCAAACUGAAGCUGCUUUCGGUUUGAAUGUAUUGGCGGCAUCUACGGCUAGGCAUAAUUUGGAAAUUGAUUUGAGAUUAAUGUUGGAAAUGAAAAAUUAUUGGGGCUCUAUCGGAGCUUUGUGCGAAAGAAUGUCUGAAAUUUGGGCUGACUGGGUACAACGUACAUCCUCUGGUUCUACUGCUAAUGACACUGUUGCAAAUGAGCCUAUUGAUGAAGAAAAAAUGUUAGAUUUGGAGAAGCAUUUUAUGUAUAUAGCUGAGUCUCCAAUGGUUGCCAAUCAUAACGUUCAAGAAACUUAUUCUUCGGAUUUGAUGUCUCACUUUGGAUUACCGAAGAAUGCUGAUUGGAAUCAGUGGAAUGGUCUUUGGCCAUCGGAUGAUUUACGAAACUAUCAAGAAUCAACUAUUGAUAGUCUGGUAGCAUACGCUACCGGAAACCCUGGGUGGAAUGUCUCUUUUGCUGGUUAA